AUGAUGAAUGAUUAUGGAUUUAAGUUCGUGGUGGUAUUUAUUGACGACAUACUGGUGUACUUGAAGACUGAGGUUGAGCAUAAUGAACACCUCAGAGUGGUUCUGCAGAUCUUGCGAGAAAAACAAUUGUACGCCAAGUUCAGUAAAUCAGAGUCUGGAAAAGAGUUUACUGUCUAUAGCGAUACAUCACAUGGCAGUUUGGGAUGUCUAUUGAUGCAAGAAGGUAAGGUGGUAGCAUAUGCGUCUCAUCAGCUUAAGACUCAUGAGAUGAAUUAUCCGACGCAUGACCUAGAGUUGUCCACAGUGGUGUUCGCAUUGAAAAUCUGGAGGAAUUACAUAUAUAGUGAAAAGUGUAUCAUCUACACGAAUCACAAGAGCCUCAAGUAUUUCUUCACUCAGAAGGAGCUAAAUCUUAGGAAGCAUAGAUGGAUUGAGCUGCUUAAGGACUACGACUGUACGAUUGAAUAUCACCAUGAUAAGGCCAAUGUAGUGGUCCACGCACUUAGCCGUAGUGUUGUGACUGAUUUGAGGGUGAUGUUUGCUUGCCUCAGUUUAUUUGAUGAUGGAAGUUUGCUAGCUGAGCUUCAAGUUGAGAGUGGGCAUACUGAGGAAUUUAGACUAAAUAACGAUGGGGUACUCUAUUUCCACGGGAGAAUCUGUGUACUGAAAGACACUGAAUUGAGGCAGUCUAUACUGAGGGAGGCGCAUAUUAGCCGUUAUGCUAUGCAUCCCGGUGAAAAUAAGUUGUACCAUGACCUUCGUGAGUUACAUUGGUGGCCAGGUCUUAAGCGAGAGAAGCUGGCUAAACUAAAUGUGUCUAAGAUAGUGAGACUGCAUGGGGUACCAGUUUCGAUCAUAUCUAAUAGGGAUCCUCGUUUCACGCCUCGCUUCUGGAAAAAGCUAAAUGAAGCUCUAGGUACAAGGUUGAACUUCAGUACUACAUUCCAUCCUCAAAUAGAUGGGUAA